GAAGGAAGGCAGCCAGGCAGUAAGGCAGGCAGGCCCCGCUGCCCGACUGACCGUCCUCGUCGUCUCGUCUCGUUGUACCUUUACUCCGGUCCGCGCGUUCCUCGAGCACGUACGUGCCGUGCCUCGCCUCGCCUUGCCUCGCCUCGCCUCGUCUGGUCUGGUCGCUAUACCUCGCCGCCGCUUGGUUCCGUUUGGUUCAGUUCGGUUCUAGCUAAUCUGCGCGCGAUUCCGCCUCCUCGCCAAGCCAGACGUCAACCGUGACCGACCGGUGCAACCUCCUCGCGACUUUCUCGUCUCCGCUUUUCAGUUGUAUCCGCGCCGCCAAAUCGCUCGGUUCCCCGCACGCGCCGCCUUCCUUCUUCCGUCGACUGAACCGAGGUCCAAAAGUUUACGCCGAGGGUUCGGUUGUUGAUUGGUCGACCAGGUGAAACGACGUAUCAGUGAUUAUGGCCCAGCUGAUCAGCGUGAAGCUGUCCAGGUUCGACGGGUCCCCGUGGGGCUUUCGCCUGCAGGGCGGCAAGGACUUCGGCACCCCGCUCGUCGUCCAGAAGGUGAAUAGCGGCUCACCGGCGGAAGCAGCUGGCUUGAAGGCCGGCGACGCAGUAAUCAGGGUGAACAGCACCGAAAUGUACAAUCUGAGGCACAAGGACGCGCAGGACGUGAUCGUCAGAGCCGGCAACAAUUUCGAGAUCACCGUACAAAGAGGUGGAGGCACAUGGAAGCCGCACGUGACGCCUCUGGGUUCCAGCAUGCCGUCGCCGUCGCCCACCUCGAUGGGCAACAUUACUCCAGUUACGAAGACGUCGUUGGCAGCGAAGAAACAGGAUGGAUCGCACAUCGGCAGCGGCCACAACUUCAGUCCAAAACCAUUCUUGAACGGAACCGGCGACUCCAUCAAGUCCAUCGUGAAUAAACAAUACAACAGUCCUGUGGGGAUCUACAGCGAGGAAACCAUCGCGGAGACGCUCUCCGCGCAGGCUGAGGUCCUGGCCGGUGGUGUCCUCGGGGUGAACUUCAAAAAGAACGAGAAGAAUUACAACGCCGAGAACAGCGAGGUAUUCAAGAUGGUCCAGGAAGCGGACAAGGAACCAAAGACACCGGAGCCUGUUCAUCCGAGAACAGAGUUUUACUCGUCGGUGAGCCACGCGGUUGGCGGAAGGGCCACCUCGCCGAGGUCACCCACGCCUCUAUUCCAUGCGCUCCACGGCACUCCGGCCUUCAAUUCCAAUGAAAAUUCGUGGAUACGUGCGCCGCAACGACAGGACUCCUCCCCAUCUUCGGACAGCUCGAUCGUCCGUUGUAGCAACUGUGACCGAGUGAUCGUGGGUGUCUUCGUUAGGAUCAAGGAGAAGAACCUGCACGUGGAGUGCUUCAAAUGCUCGACCUGCGGCACCUCCCUGAAGAACGUCGGCUACUACAACAUCAACAACAAAUUGUACUGCGACAUUCACGCGAAGCUGGUCGCCAGGCAAAACGCACCUGCUGGCAUGGUUCCAAUCACCGUGCCGCCAGGCGGAAGGGCUCCUGCCAGCACGAUUUCCGCUGCAUUGGCGAACGCGCCGCUCUCUCCACCCCUGAGCAACCACGCGUCCUCGCCGCUGCCAUUCUCUCCCACCCGCCUUGGCACAUCGCCCGUCGAACCACCCAGUUUCCGAUCAGUCCAGGCGCCAGCCUCGAACAACCUGAUUGGUCCGAAGCCGUUCGGAGGAUCGAGCACUCUGCCGUCGAACCUGUCGUCGCCUCCUCCGCUGAUCAACUCGGGGAGCAGCACUCUGCCGCGACCUCAGAGUCAGACCGUGACUGAAAACACGACAGAGACCCACGAAAAGUCCUAUUAUUACGAGCUGGUCGAGGAGGAGACCAAGACCGAGCGCCGACCGAGUUCGGUCAAGUCGAAAAGCCUCUCUUGGCCACCGCCGAAACCGAUCGAGGAGAUCACCUAUCCCACCGCCAGUCCUUUGUACAUCGAUCCGAAUCCCGCCCUCGACAGAAGGGGUAAACCGGCGGUCAGAGAGAAGAAGGCCUGCAUCGAGGCCUGCGAGCGGGCCUUGAACAAGAAGAGGACCGAGAGCACCGACCAAGAGGUCGAGAGAGUGACCAGGCAUUGGGGUAGCUUCCAGUACAAUCCGAUGGAACGGAUCAGCUGCCCGGGGCCAGUUUACAGAAAGGUCGAGCUGGUGGAGACCUCCUCCUCCGCCGAGAGGCAGUCCAGAGGCGAGAUCACCUCGAGGCCCAGCUCGACCGACAGCGUCAGGAGAUCGUUGACGCCCACGAGGAUCGUCCAGCCGAUUCCGAAGCCUUGGACGGCUACCGUGACAAGCGGCGGCAACCUCUACGAGCAGAGCUACGGGGCCGAGCCGCCCAAGGUCUGCAAGCAGUUCCACCAGAAGGAGAUCUGCCAGCGCGAGCGAAUAUGCGAGAGGAACCAGCCGUUCCGCGAGGAGCAUCGCUCUUACACCUCGAAAGUCUGCCGCAGGGAGCAAACCAUCUGCCAAAAGCCGCCCCUGCCGACGCCGCCGGCGAUCAAGCAGGAGGAAGCCAAGGAGGAGAUCACCGAGAUCGACCAGGAGACCACCGAUCUUAGACCAGCGGACGAAAUCGCUGGCGAGGACGAAGGGGGCGUCGGCGGGGAGCACGACUUCGUCACCGAGACCUCGGAGGAGGACGUCGACGGGAUGCACGUGAAGAAGACGAUGACCUUCGAGAAGACCAUAGAGAAGAUCCCGUCGCCGGCAAGACCUUCCACCCCCAUGAUCGAGGACACCGAGGAGAGCUACACGAGAACCACCGCGACCCACGUCGAGAAAGAAUCGAAAGGAACCGAAGAAAAGACGGUGGUCGAGUCCAAGGAGGUGGUCACGACCGCGGUGGACGUGACGCAGAUGCUCGAGAAGGCCAAGCAGGAGGAGGAGGAGAGAAAGAGAGAGGAGGAGGAGGAGGAAAGGAGAAAGCAGGAGGAAGAGGAGAGAAAGAAGCGAGAGGAGGAGGAGCAGAGGCGAAGACGCGAGGAGGAAGAGCGUAGAAGGCAGGAGGAGGAGGAGGAACGAAGCAGCAAACACGUCACCUUCGAUGAGGAAGUGGUCGAAGAGGUUCGGGAACAGCCUCUUGGAAGAACAGUGGUGCGCGAGGAGAGGGUCACGGAGGAGGAGACCGACACGCCGGGUCGCAAAAAGCUGGUCAAGGAGACCUACGAAGAGAUCACGGAGGAGGUUCUGGUCCAGGAGCGCGUCCGGAGAAAGGAGGUCGAAGACGAGCGCAGGAAGAGCUUGCGGGAGCAGGUGGAGGUUCACCAGAGUUUGAGAGACCAGCAGUCGUCCAGGUCUAAGCAGGUGUGCAGCAAGUAUCCGCCGACGCAGGAAGUCAUGGAGUCGAACAAGAAGCACGUGCAGUUCGUGAAGCAGACCGACACCGGCCCGAAACCGAUUCCCCAUUCCGCCAUCCAGAACUCCACGCCGAAGGAGUGGAAGUCCGAGAUGGUGAACGCGCUGACCACCGCGCCCGACCGACCCUUCACGCCUGCCAGCACGUCCACCAGCGUGAAGGAAGUUUACACGGAAGAGACUAUAUACCUGGAUCACAGAUGUAAACCGAAGCCGCCGCCGAUAGAGCCAAGACCCAUCUCGCCGUUCCAGCAGGCGCUUAUGAUCGCUCCAGAGCGUCCCUACACUCCUCUGAGUAGGGAGAUCGGACCGGAAGACAGGAAAGUGGGAAGUCGGCCCGGGACGCCGUCGCUCUACAGCGACAGGGGCGGCUGCCAUCUUCCGCCGGCCGACAUCCUUUACGGCGAAGGUAGGGCGAAGGACCCUGGACCGCCUCCGUCUCCGGUGAAGCCUCGACCUUUGCCGACUCCGCCGCCAGACUUCAAGCUGAGAGACUGCUCGGUGUCGCCUCGACCGCCGACGCCCAGCAGCAAGUGCAUCACCGCCGCCCUGAAGAAGCCGGACACCAUCCCCAGCUACCAAAAGUACCUGGUAGCCACGAAGAAGACCGCGGUGGAGGGCCACACGUACACGCCGGCUAGCAGAACUCCGACGCCCACGCCAGGAAGAUCGAAAUCGCCGGCUCCGGGACCACCCACCCCGCCACCUUGCUACGCGAAGGCGCAGGCUCCUCGAAUCAGAGAGGACCCUCCACCGAAACGGUCCGCCGUGCACUUCCCCACGAAGAAGAGCGUUUCUUACAAGGUCGACGAGGACACCGACGAAGGGCACAGACACGCGGAGUACGCGGCCACCAAAACAGUGGACUUCGACGAGAAGCAGACCGACGACGUGGUCAGCGGACCCACGGACGCUGUCCACGCACAGUUCCAAGAGAAGCGCUUCAUGACCAGCGAGGAGACCUGCGAGAAGAAGCAGGCGGUAGUGAAGAAAUCGCUGCAGGUCGUCGAAGACUUCGAGAGGUGCGAGAAAAGAGGUCUGGCGAAGCCGCUACCGGAGCCGAAAGAACAGUCGCCGCAGGGCGUGUGCGCGAUCGGCAGGACGAGCCCUUCGAAGCCUUCGCUUCCGUGUCCUUUGGCCUCGAAGACGUCGGCCAGUUCGGCGCAGCCAAUCUACACCAGCUCGACGGAAGUGCGCCACGUAAGCUACGGCGCUCCUCCCGCUUCGAAACCUUGCCCGGACACCGGAUUGACCAUCUUGCCCUGCAAAGCGACCUCUGACCAGGGUACCAAGGCCGGAGUAGUGGUGGUUCCCUGCGAAGUGCCAAAUCCUUGCUGCCAGAAAUCAGGAGUCUGCGUGGUGCCGACCGCGGAUCGCGCCGGAGUAUGCGUCUCGCCCUGCUUCGGCACCUCCGGGGGUUCCUGCGGCCAACCUUCGGGCCGCUGCGGUCGAGAAUCCUCCUGCGACGUUGAAAUCCCGAAGUGCCCCGACACCGGGGUCUGCGUGACGCCCUGCGAGGACGGCUCCGUUUGCGUCGCGCCCUGCUCCAAGGCCGGUUUACCCCCGUCGCUGAAGAAGCUACCCUUCCCGCAGAUCCCGUUCCCCUACGAGCAACCGGAACAAACCACGGUCCAACCUCCUUCCUAUCCGCAGAAAAGCUCCUUCGAGCCGAUCCACAAGCCACGCACUAAUCUGAGUGGGCAGCUCGCGCGACUGACCUGCAAAACUGCCAACAAAGUACCCACCGUUCAGCUGUACAAGCCCCAGGCUCAGGCUCAGCCCCAGUCUCAGUGCCAGGCACAGUCCGACACGUGCCAGACACGGAGCUGCAGCGAGACCAAGAGCUACUCUAGCAAGACCCAAAGCUCUUAUCGCUCCACCCAGACCCGCUGUCAGUCGGGCAGUCAGUGUUCGAUCAACACCCGCUGUCAAUCCGGGAGUCGAUGCGAGACCCAGAAUGACUGCCAGGACGGUGCCCACUGUUCUCCCUCUAGCAAUACCCAAAGUUUAGUAGACCCACCAAAUUUGUCAUCCCACCCGGAUCUAGGUACCGGAGUCGGUGGCCUCGGUGGUGCCGGGUCGAAGAGCGGAACCUUCGCCGGCAGCAGCGCGCCUAAACGCGGACGGGGCAUCCUGAAUCAAGCAGGCGGACCGGGAUCGCGAGUGCCCCUCUGCGCUCAUUGCAACUCUUACGUCAGGGGACCGUUCAUCACCGCGCUCGGACAGAUAUGGUGUCCCGAGCACUUCGUUUGCGUGAACACGCAAUGCCGUCGACCCCUUCAGGACAUCGGGUUCGUCGAGGAGAAGGGACAACUCUACUGCGAGUACUGUUUCGAACGAUUCAUCGCGCCCAGCUGCAACAAAUGCAACAACAAGAUCAAAGGCGACUGCCUGAACGCGAUUGGAAAGCACUUCCACCCUGAAUGCUUCAAGUGCACGUAUUGCGGCAAACUGUUCGGCAACAGCCCGUUCUUCCUCGAAGAAGGACUGCCCUACUGCGAAGCCGAUUGGAACGAGCUGUUCACGACAAAGUGUUUCGCGUGCGGAUUCCCCGUCGAGGCUGGAGAUCGCUGGGUAGAGGCCCUGAACAAUAAUUACCACAGCCAAUGCUUCAACUGCACGAUGUGCAGGAAGAACCUCGAGGGUCAGAGCUUCUACGCGAAGGGCGGCCGUCCGUUCUGCAAAAAUCACGCGCGCUAAAACCGUGGCUCGUCGAAUCCUGAUGCGCGACCAAGCAAAGGGAGAUUCAGGGCAGGGUGGGGGAUGGGGCCGUGGAAGCAGAAAACAGAGAAAAGGCAGAAAAAUAUUGCGGAGAAUACGCGUACCUUAGCUUUACAAGCACGAAAUUCUGUCUGCACGAUGUUGUUUUACCGUGAUUUCAUCUUCUUCUUCUUCUUCUUCUUCUUAUAUUGUUCUUCUUAUUAUUAUUUCUUCUUGUAUGACUAUUCGAUCGACGAGACGCGCGCAACGUCUCCGGAAACAAAAAAAACUACCACUAACCCAAAAAACGAAAGAGAGAGAGAGAGAGAGAGAAGCGCGCCGCUUACGAUAAGAUUGAUAGCGAAACGAUAUCAACGGGAAUGCGGUGUCUAAUACGAACGAGUACGCUAAUAGAACGCUAAUAGAACUAAUUAUCUCUAUCGAUUAAGCCGGACCUGCUCGAUCGGAUGGAUCGCGUAAGGUCGCGGCGCGAGAAACUCCUCGAAGUCGGCGACAGUCGAUCAACGAAUAUGGAAAAGGGAAAAGAGAAAAGGGACGAGAGAAAGCGGUGUCCUUCGAGGAUCGCGUUUCCUCGUGAUUCCGUGAUCGGCCGCCGCUCGCUCGGUGCUCAGGAUAAUACUAAUCGUCGUGUACCGUAAACGUUCGAGGCCGCGAAGCCAACGACAGUUAUCGAAUCCGUUCUCUAUGUUCUGCAAUCGUUACCGACAAUGCGACGCGCUCCCAGGGUGUUCGUCCUUCGAGGCGAAGCGUCGACAUUCCACGGCUCGAAAACAGCGGAGGAGACUGUUUGUCGCGGCUUCCUUGGGUCAGCUCGGGCUCCCUCGGGCUUCCGGUCUCGGAACGGACGGGACACGAUGGGUAUACCUCGGAAUACCUCGCGAAACGAUUGCCGCAGACAAUUCUGCAACGAUAGAAGGAACGCUGUGCGCCAUGAGCCGCCGCGCUCUUUGCGAGCUCGGAUUUGGUCUCGUGGUCGGAUCACGCAAAGGUCGCCCGAGCAAUUAGUAUUACUGGCGUUAUCACAUAUUUCGUAGGCCCAAGGUGCAUCCGGAGCGUCGUCACGUAAAUGUCGGCCCCCGGAAGGUACGAGCGAUUCGAACAAUGUCUCCGAUUAGAAUUUCGAGGGAACCGGACACGCUGGAGAGAGACGCUCUCCGUAACCCUCUUGCUACCAAAGACGGCCGCUCGAAUCUCUCGUGGCUCCGGCGGAAUUUAAUCGGGGAUCGUUCGAUGCCGGAACAUUAAAAAUUCAAAUGGGAAUAUUGCUAGUCACGAUUCCGUCGGCGGUACUAAUUGACGGAUACCCGACUCGCGGUCGUAGAUCGCGUGAUUAGACGACGAAUAGGUUCCACGUCGACUACUAACAAGCGUUCCGCGGAGACACUUGUUACCAUUAUCGAAUCGAGGAGCAGACCCGGGAUCCUCGUGCAUGCGAAUUUCACCGUAAAUCAUCCGACGGAACGGAGCGGAACAGAACGAACCGAGCUCGAGACAGAAGCAGCGGGCCUCGAUUUCUUUCCGCUCGAUCGUCCGCCACCGAUCGUUCCACCGAGCACCGGCACGAACCUUCGCCGGUACGGGAAAAAACACGUUCCGAAAAGCUGUUGUCUCGUUCUCGGAAUAGACGUAGAUUAAAACGCGAUUAAAGAGAAUAUCGGCUUCGAGGAUCGAGGAACUUGCACUCUUUGAUAGCAGUUGCCAUAUAAUUUUAGACAAGGUUACCGAUUUCUGUGCCAUCUUCGCGGGCUCGCGGCAGUCAGCAAACGAACACAACGUCCGUCGCGUUCGAUGUCCUUAUAGCCGAACCGCGAAUCCGACCCGCUGCUGGCUGAGAACCGCACGAGCCUCUGUAUCCGUGUUACGUGUUGCUUACAAUAAAAUAAAAUGUUCAUGUAAGUCUCCUU